AUGUCGGAGUCAGAUAUCCCAAAGGAAGCCCAAGGAACAGUCUUGGAUCCCUUUACCUGGUACGACACCACAGACUUUAAUGUCACAUACACAGCAGCAACGAUAGGCGGGCUUUCUAUCAUGGGACUCAACGACACCUGGAAUGACUCGACAAGAGCGAACGACAAUGUGCCUGCCCUCAAUGAGUCCUGGGAAUACGGCAAGAUGCCCAUCAGAGGUGUCAAUGUUGGUGGCUGGCUCAGCAUCGAACCAGUCAUUACACCCUCCCUCUUUUCCGACUUUAAGACCAGUGAUGGAGUCAUUGACGAGUGGACGCUAUGCAGCAAACUGGGUGCCAGCAGGGCUCAAUCAACACUGGAGAAACACUACGCUUCCUUCAUCACAGAAGCAGAUUUUGCAGGCAUCCAAGCAGCUGGUUUUGAUCACGUACGCAUACCGUUUUCUUACUGGGCAGUAACGACCUACGAUAAUGACCCCUACGUCGCCAAGAUUUCCUGGCGAUAUCUACUUCGAGCAAUAGAAUGGGCUCGCAGAUAUGGAUUACGCAUCAAUCUCGACUUGCACGGCGCUCCAGGCUCUCAAAAUGGAUGGAACCACAGCGGCCACCAAGGUGCAAUAAACUGGUUGAAUGGCACCGAUGGCACACUCAAUGGCCAACGCACCCUAGACAUACAUUCCCAACUCUCCACUUUCUUUGCCCAACCUCGCUAUAAGAACAUAAUAACCAUCUACGGUCUAGUCAACGAGCCCAAAAUGACAUAUCUGGAUGUCGACACUGUGCUCAGCUGGACGAAAUCCGCCAUCCAAAAGAUUCGCGCCAACAACUUGACCUCCAUAGUAACCUUUGGAGACGGCUUCAGAGGCUUGGACAACUGGCAAGGCGAGCUGCAAGAUUUCGACAACUUACUCUUGGAUGUGCACCAAUACGUCAUUUUCAACAACCAACAAAUCGCCCUCGACCACAGUAACAAAGUCUCCUUUGCAUGCAGCGGCUGGACAAACCAAACCCUUCGCAGCAGCAACAAAGCCACUGGAUUCGGUCCCACAUUAUGCGGCGAAUGGUCCCAAGCAGACACGGAUUGUGCCACCUACCUCAACAACGUAGGCGUAGGGUCUCGCUGGGAAGGAACUCUAAACAUGGUUUCUACACCUGGUGGCUCGCUGUCUGGCAGUGUUCUCUCUCCCACAUGUCCAACAUCAAACUCCCCACGCUGCUCUUGCUCUAACGCCAAUGCUUCUCCAUCUUCCUACUCAGACGGCUACAAACAGUUUCUACUCGACUUUGCGGAAGCGCAAAUGUUUAGUUUUGAGCAGGGAUGGGGUUGGUUCUACUGGACGUGGAAGACGGAGUCGGCGACGCAGUGGAGUUAUAAAGAUGGAUUGGCUGCAGGUAUCUUGCCGCAAAAGACGUGGGAUAGAAGUUUCAAGUGCGGGAGUGUCCCUGAUUAUGGGGCUUUGGAAUUGCCGGAGAAUUAUUAG